AGAGCCGCCGCCGAAGCCAAUGGGGAGGCGGCGCUGAGCGGGCUGCCCUCCGCGGGAGUCGGCAGCCGAGGGCAGCGGCGCGGCUGGCGAGCAAGCAAUGCCUCUCACUUCUCCGCUUGCGCUUCCCUUCCUCCUCCCGCUCCCGGCUCUGAAGCUUUUGUUUUCCCCAGCUGCUGCGAUGGCAGGAAACUUCCCGGAGGGAUGGGUUCAGGCCGCGCUUGUGCUGCGCCGGGCUCCGCAGGGCACCGGCCGCGCCGAGAGGUUAUUUGGGAAGGGAAUACUUUGUUGAACACAACAGCACAAGAUGACUUAUAAUUCCUGCUCUUCGUGGGAACCUGUCUGGAUUGUCCCUGCAGAAUGCUACAGCUUCCUUUCCUCUUCAGUGUUCUUGUCUUGUGGAGUCAUAAACCUCAGUGGAACUUGGGAUGGAAAUACUGACAUGAACUUAAGAACUUUGAUGCUUUCAGACAUUGAAUUUUGAUUGUUAAACGAUCAGUUAAAAAUACUGCCUGAACAAGAUGAAAUGCCUUGAAGACUUUUGGUUCUGCUUUCAUUUCUCCUGAAGCAAUGGUUUUCUCAGCAAUGUUGACACUGGCCCACUCUGGGACCUCAAAUGCUACUUUUAUUGUCUAUGAAAAUGCCUAUACGAAUUUUACCACUCCCCAGUUCUUGCUUCAUAGUGGCACAACACAGCCAUUGAGAUAUAGUUCAGGUGUUGUGCUCACCACUGAGAGAAGUACUUUUCUGGUAAACACUACAGCUAUCCUACCAUCGCAAGAAGUUUUCAGGAGCUUGAGUUUGCCACUCCAGAUCAUUCUUUCUGCUGCUAUGAUAUUUAUCCUAUUGGUUUCUUUCCUUGGAAACUUUGUUGUCUGCCUCAUGGUCUACCAGAAGGCAGCUAUGCGAUCUGCAAUUAACAUCCUCUUAGCAAGCCUGGCUUUUGCAGACCUGCUGCUGGCAGUGCUGAAUAUGCCAUUUGCUCUUAUAACAAUCAUUACCACUCAAUGGAUUUUUGGGGAUAUAUUUUGCAGAGUUUCUGCCAUGUUCUUUUGGCUUUUUGUCAUAGAGGGGGUAGCCAUUCUUCUCAUUAUUAGUAUUGACCGAUUUCUUAUCAUAGUUCAGAGGCAAGAUAAACUGAACCCUUACCGUGCAAAGAUUCUCAUUGUGAUUUCCUGGGCGGCAUCCUUUGUUGUUGCUUUUCCAUUAUCAGUAGGGAAUCCUAACCUGCAGAUACCCUCGAGAGCACCUCAGUGUGUUUUUGGCUACUCUACAAGCCCAGGCUACCGAGCCUAUGUGAUAGUUAUCUUGCUAAUUUCUUUUUUUAUUCCCUUCCUGGUAAUGCUGUAUUCUUUUAUGGGCAUACUCAACACCGUCCGCCACAAUGCAGUUCGUAUCCAUAGCCACCCUGAUAGCAUAUGUCUCAGCCAGGCCAGCAAACUUGGUCUCAUGAGCUUACAGAGACCUUUUCAGAUGAAUAUUGAUAUGAGCUUUAAAACUCGUGCCUUCACAACCAUCUUGAUUUUAUUCCUUGUCUUCAUAGUCUGUUGGGCACCAUUCACCACUUACAGCCUUAUUGCCACGUUCAACAGCCACUUCUACUACAAGCACAACUUUUUUGAGAUAAGCACUUGGCUCCUUUGGCUCUGCUACCUCAAGUCUGCACUGAACCCACUGAUUUACUACUGGAGGAUUAAGAAGUUUCAUGAUGCAUGCUUAGACUUGAUGCCCAAAUUCUUCAAGUUUCUGCCACAGCUACCUGGCCAUACAAGGCGGCGCAUUCGACCCAGUGCCAUCUAUGUGUGUGGGGAGCACCGGUCGGUGGUUUGAAACUGUGGCUCUUUGACAAUGAUUGUUGUAUUUUGGGAUUGUUUUCCGGCUUUAGGUUGAAUUUUGUUUUGUUUCAUAUGGCUUUUUCAGUAUGGCCAUAUCUUAUAACUUGAUUUAGUUUUCCACUACUCUGUGCAAUUUUGGGAAGAUAGAGGGAGGGAAAGUGAUUGGUUAUAGUUGGGUUUACUACCAGAACACAAUGUAAACAAAAUAACAAAUGUUACCUCUGGGAUUCCAUGGAAAUCCAUUCUUUUAAAUGAAAACUACAUUUGUAACAUUUUGUCAGGUUUAUGCUUACUAGGCCUGCAAUCUAAUUGUAGGGACUUUUUAUGCUGCUAAGAUAUGGUGUAUUUAGUUGGUGUAAUUUUUCUGAAAAAUGUUGCUGCUGUCUGCCAAUAUAAUAGAUCCAAAAAGUCUCGUUAGAUUACUUCUAUUUAAUUUAACAGUAUUUCAGAAGUUUUCAUUAUAGCAUUAGAAAACUUUUUUUAAUAUUUCCAUUAAUAUUUUUGUGCACUUUACAAAAUUUGCUAUAUAAUUUGUUCAUUGGAAUAUUUUAUUCUGUAUUGAAGGUGUAUUAUUAUUGCUGUUAAAAUUUGUUAUGUUGGUGAAUUUCAGUGAAAGACCCACGUAAGUUGUAGGAGGGCAAUUUAUGUUGGUAUAGCUACAUGUACAUAAAUUUGCUGUUUUUUUAACAAUUGGUCAAAAGUAACUAACUGCUCAGUUAUCAGAGGAGUUAAAAGGAGAAAACAGAGGAAUGGAAUGGAAAGAGAGCAACAAAAAUUCCAUGACCUGAGGUUUAGGCUAACACAAGAUUUAAUAAGAUAGUGUUCAUGUGAAAAUUAUUAUGAGGUAAAGGGUGACUGUAGUUAUUACUUGAGGCUGUUGCAAGCUACUCAAACCUGAUGAUAUGCCUGAAAACCUAUCUGAAAUAGUGAUUUUUGGUUCUGCAAUUUAUACUGUGUUUUUGUAGUGAUGUUUCUGCUCAGAGCUCAUAUAAGGCUGGAUAUGCUCUACACUGUUGAAAUCAUGCUGUCAGGCAUUUGUUGGGAUAGAAUUAGAAAUAGUAGGGUAAACCAGAAAAGAGAUGGCAAAUAACCCAUAGCUGAGGUUAGGAUUUAGUCUAUAUAGUAAUUACAGGGGAAGAAAAAAUCCUCAACUUGCUUGUUUUACAAUUUAAGUAUUGGACCAAAACCAUAAACAGACAAUCACAGAAUCAUAGAAUGGCUUGGUUUUGAAGGGAUCAUAAAGAUCAUCUAACUCCAACUCCACUGCCAUGAGUACGGACGCCUUCCACUAGAUCAGAUUGCUCAAAACCCCAUCCUUCCUGGCCUUGAACACUUCCAGGGAUGGAGCAUCCACAGCUUCUUUGGGUACCCCAUUCCAGUGCCUCACCUCCCUCACAGGGAAGAAGUUAUUCCUGUAUCUUAUCUAAAUCUACCCUCUUUCAGCCAUUACCCCUUAUAACAGUCAGCCAGCAGAAUUUGCUGGGAAUGUAAGUUAAAUUCCCCUUUUCCCUCUGAUACUACUUUACAUUGAUUUUUUUUUCAUUGCCUCUUUGUCUCAGUAGUGGCUGCUGCCUCAAGGGUUUAUUCUACUGUUCUCAUCUAUUAGGCAUCAGCUUCUCUCCCUGAAUGCCAAACUACCUUUCUGAUUAAUGUCAGGCUGUCUUGAUACCUGCCUGGAAAGCAGAAAGGCGAAGAUUUUCCUUAAUGAUGGCAAAUCAGACUCAGAUUAUUUUUUUUUCAAUCAGCUAAAUAAAUAUUUAUUGUGAGAUAAGUAAAAUUAAGAUUUGGGUUUGGGCUUUGAAGCUCAGAGCUUUUUGCUCUGAGACUGGGGAAAAAUGCCUGUAAAAUUUGUAUGUCCUUGCAGUGAGCUUUUUGAGCUGAUGACUGAGAACAGGGGCAUUGAUGUACAACAAACCUAACAACCAGAGCUAGAAUUUGGGCUUCUCUUGCUUCCGUCUC